AGCCGCACGGCCACCUUUAUCCUGCUGGGGCUGUCGGAAGACGCCUCGCUGCAGCCGCUGCUCUUCGGGCUCUUCCUGGCCAUGUACCUGGCGGCCGUGCUGGGGAACCUGCUCCUCAUCCUGGCCGUCGGCGCCGACCCCCGCCUGCACAUCCCCAUGUACUUCUUCCUCUGCAACCUGUCCCUGGCGGACAUCUGCUUCACCUCCACCACCGUCCCCAAGAUGCUGGUGAACCUCCAGACGCAGAGCAAGGCCAUCUCCUACGCGGGCUGCCUCACCCAGAUGUUUUUCUUCAUCCUUUUUGGGGGACUGGACAACUUCCUCCUGACCGUGAUGGCUUAUGACCGCUUCGUGGCCAUCUGCCACCCCCUGCACUACGCGGUCAUCAUGAACCCCAGGUUCUGCGGCCUCCUGGUUCUUGCAUCCUGGGUGCUGAGCUUUCUGGACUCUCUGCUACACAGCUUGAUGGUUCUGCGGCUGGCCUUCUGCACACAGCCGCAGAUACCGUACUUCUUCUGCGAGCUGAACCAGGUGCUGCGGCUUGCCUGCUCCGACACCUUCCUCAACGAGCUGGUGAUCUAUUUCGUGAUGGUGGUGCUGGGCAUCAUUCCUUUCAGCGGCAUCUUCUUCUCUUACUCCAAGAUUGUAACCUCUGUUUUGAAAAUCUCAUCAGCGAGUGGCAAGCACAGGGCCUUCUCCACCUGCGGCUCUCACCUCUGCAUGAUCUCCCUGUUCUACGGGACCGGGUUCGGCGUGUACCUCAGCUCUGCUGCCCCCCAAGACUCCAGGGACAGUGCAAUAGCCUCGGUGAUGUACACGGUGGUCACCCCCAUGCUGAACCCCUUCAUCUACAGCCUCAGAAACAAGGACAUAAAGCAGGCCCUGGUGAAACUCUUGAGCUGA